AUGACUAUUUUUGUCAUUGCAAUUAUUUAUAUAUUUAUUGGUUCUAUUUGCGCACAAUUCAAUAUAUCUUGUAAAAGUUUGAAUACCACGAGAUCAUUAAAUACACAUGAAUUUAAAAUUGAAAUGAAUCAAAUCGAAUUACCUUCUUCUAUUCGUAUCUUUGAUACAAAAAGUAAUAAACUAGUUUAUCAAAUUAAUAUUACAAUGAACAAUAGUAACGGAAUAUUGGUCUUUCAUACACCAGAUUGUAGUGAAUGGAAUAUAAGUACUAAAUAUGACGUGAUAUUGGAUACACGUGAUUUAAAGUUAUCGGAUUCAACACCUCAAACUAGUGUAUCAACUGAGCUUUCAAAUGUUUCUGUUGAUCCUAGUUUAUUAGUUCAUACAACAACCGUGACAGAUACUAACGUAACUGAAAUGCAUAUGACCAGUAGUUCUAGUCAUGCAACUGAAUUGCCUGAAUCAACCACCACUACUCCUGAAAAGUUUGUGACGAAUAAACCACACGAAUCUCGUUCAGCACAAUUAGGUAUGGGAUUAGGUAUAACAUUUAUUGGAUUAUUACUUAUUGGUGAAAUAGUAUAUUUUAAACGUUUUUAUCAUAAUUCGGAAUCAACGAACACCUAUCCAGAAACAACUGCUUUAUAG